UCUCCGCUCCGUCAGGUGGCCCGGGGGCUGGGCCGUGGACUAACGAGCUCCCGCCUCCGCCACGCAGCCUCUGGAAUAAUGUUCGGGCGCUGCCAGAGUCCCGGCUCCGGCUGUAGGAUGGCGGGCGCUGAGGCCGCGCUGCUGCCUUACCCGGUUCUCCUGUGCGCUCUGCUGGCGGUCGGGCUCCAGACACCGGUGGCAGGAAGGACUCUGAGAUUCGUCAACCUGAUUUAUCGUCAUGGUGACCGAUCUCCUGCCCAAGCAUAUCCAUCCGAUCCAUAUACGGAGAAGGACUGGCCCCAAGGCUUUGCACAGCUUACCCAGGUUGGGAUGAGGCAGCACUACGCACUGGGCCAGUAUCUGCGACGUCGCUACAAUGGCUUCCUCAACUCCUCUUAUGACCGGCAUGAGAUUUAUGUUCGGAGCACAGAUAUUGACCGGACCCUAAUGAGUGCCGAAGUGAACCUUGCUGGUCUGUACCCUCCGCAAGGACGUCAGAUCUUCCACCCUGGCUUAAGCUGGCAACCGAUUCCUGUGCAUACAGUGCCUGUGGAACAGGACAAGCUUCUCAAGUUCCCACUACAGAAAUGUCCCCGUUAUGAAAAGCUGCUGGAGGAGACAUUCAACAGCAGAGCAGUUGAAGAAAAAACACAGAAAAAUAAGGAUUUUCUGAACAUGAUCUCUGAUGAGACCAAGAUGAAGGUGACGAUACAAAAUGAAUGGAAGGUUUAUGACACCCUAUUUUGUGAGAAAACUCACAAUUUCUCCCUGCCUUCCUGGGCAACACACGAGGUGAUCACUCGUCUGAGCGAACUGAAUGACUUUGGCAUGGAAAUGCUCUUCCGACUUCACAAAACUCAAGAGAAGUCGCGGCUGCAAGGGGGUUUCCUCCUCAAGCAAAUCCUGCAAAACAUCAAUCAGGCAAUAAAUGAGUCUACUCCCACGCCACGUCUCAAGUUAAUCAUGUACUCAGCGCAUGAUGUGACACUCAUCGCUCUACAGAUGGCACUGAACGUGUACGACGCUAUUAUUCCCCCGUACGCUUCCUGUUUUAUGUUUGAGCUGUAUGAAGAAGAUGACAGGUCCUUCACACUGGAUAUGUACUUCAGGAACCAGUCUGAUUCUGAGCCACAUCGGCUGACUCUUCCAAGUUGUACUGAGCAUUGUCCCUUGCAGGACUUCAUCCAAAUCACCAAGCAUCUGAUCGCUGACAACUGGGAAGAGGAAUGCAAGGUCUCCAGUGACUCCACGCAAACAGGGACGGUUCUGGCUGUGGCGCUGAGCGUGUGCUUUGCCCUGUUGAGCGUGUUGGGGAUUGUCCUGUGCUGGCGCUGGAAACGGAAGACCCGACGACUUCGAGUGCCGACCAGCAGCGACGAGCUGGCCUGACUCUCGGUGGCCUUACUCGGGCCGGACAACCGGGAGGAGUAUUGACCGGGCUCGACGUCAAUCCAUCCCGGGCCAAGGGAGGCUGGAGAACUGGAGAUGUGAGAUUACGGACCGACAGCUGUGCCAAUCGCUUGUGUGCUGCUGUGUUCUGGGGAGGGUCGUUACAGCCAGCCAGCCCGCUGGCUUUUAUAAUCCCCAUGCCUUGCAAACGCACUGUCUGCCUUCUCCUCACAAUCCUCAGUAGCGUUGUCCUGUCCGUCAAAGUUUUGGUUUUAGAGUGCUCGUCCACUUCGUGGUCUCUUUUUCGUCACCACCUCCAGCCCCAUAACCUCCCAUCUUCACCUCUACCUCUGGUCCAAAGCCUGGAAUCCCACCCAAUGCUUCCCCCUCACUCCUGACCCGGGAGCCUGUGCACACACUCCUCGCCACCGGUGACGGUGGCUUCAGCCACAGAGAAUCCGCACUCGCCAGUUCAUCCCCCACUUUUCCUCUGGCCUCCCUUUUCGGAGGCUUGUCCUUUGCUCAGAAGCCACUUUCCUUAAGCCGAGGUGAAGUGUCUGGGCCUGUUUUUAAACGUGAACCGUGUGAUUGAAAUGCAGCUUGCCCGAUCUGUAGCUGCACUCAGAGGUACUGCCCCUUCCGUCCUCUGUGCACAACUACUCGAGACACUUCAAUCGAUGGGACCAAAUACUUUCUGCAGUUUCACAAGGCAAAUUUUGCUGAAACCGUGAUUUUAGUUUGAACUUAUGUACAAUGUUGUAUUGUGGAAAUGACUUUAAAGCAGGUGGCGCCAAUUGGACAGCCAGCACUGUUAAGAUGGACAGAAGGGCCAACUCCUUGCUGAGAAUUCUGCAAUGAAGUAAGUCAGCAGCUUAGCUGCUUUACUGUGGUUUCCCCUCCAGUAUUUGAUUUACUCAUCCUUGGGGGCCUUUUGAGUCAAGUCAACUCUGUGGGAUCCUGACUCCUGACCGGUGAGUGGUCACUAACUCAGCCCCACUUUCACUCGCCUCUCCCCUGCCUCCGACUGCAAGGAAAAGCCAGGUCUGUGCCCACGUUGGUCUCACUGAGCCCAGUUCAAUGUCGAGCACUUGCUGUGCCAGUAUUGUGGGCUGCGGAUGUUUAAAGGUGAAAUUGCUACUGGAAAUCCUUUGGUACAUAAACCCUUCUUGAAACAUUUCUGGGCCGGUUUUGACUGAGGCUACUGGAGUGCGAUACUGUAGUGCACACCGUGCAGUGCAGCGUGCAGAUUACAAUGCAGAACCUCGUGCUCUGUACCGUCAUACAUAAAGUUGGACCAAACCAGUGCAGCCUCCACAAACUCCCACCAUGGUGGAAAGUCAAAAGGGGGAAACCAGAAGCUACCAACUGAACCAGUGGGAUUGAUCUGCCCUCGAGGGCAGAGAGUGGGAACAGGACGUAACGCGUCUCGAUGGAACAGCGUGCUCUCAUCGAAACUGGAAUGAUCGGCGGGUGUGCUGUACGUCCAUCACGUCGCACGCAAGAUGCUAGUGGACAGAAUGUCUCAACUGAUGUAUUCAAGGAUCAGGAAUCCCUCGACCACCUGAGAUCCACGAUGGGUCAGUGUGUGUUGUACGAUGUAAUCCUUAUCAAAUGUGUCUGUGUGCCAAAUCUAUUAUCAAUCCAAAUCAAAAGAAAGCUCAUGUAUUAUCUCCUGACCAAGAUAAGUGAUGCUUAAUGUGGCCAGAGACUAUGUGGUAGUUAAAAUCCAGGCCAGUGGCUGCAUAGUUUUAAUACCAGGACUUUUAAGUGACUUAAAAAGUUUAAUCUGAUAAUUUAAAACUAAAGGGAUUCUCGGGGGGAAGCUGGUGAGAAAUGACUUUCUCUGCUGGGAACCACAGAGCAAGGAGCACGAGCUGAAAAUGCGGCAACACGAAAAUACUGCUGACCUUGUAAAUGUGACUGAUAAACUGAAGAUAACCCAACAAAUCAUUCGACAUCUACGGACAGAAACACAGAGCCUGUCAGCUUGAUGUUAACCUUCAUCUCUUCCCCACGGAUUCACCCUGAGCUUCUGAUUAUUUCCAAUAUGUCCUGAUUUUCUUAAAGUUUAAAGGAGUAAAAUCAGGAAGUGCUGUUUCUUGUGGAGUACCAUGGAUCUGAAACUCAUGGAAUUGGACCUGAGAUCUGUAGAUCUUUGUUGGAUAAUGAUGUUGAGGGAGAAGGAGUGAAAUGUUGAGGUACAGGUUAGCCUAGAGUCACUGAAUGACUGCCCUGGUCCUCUGAUGAAAGCUUUCAACAUAUUAACCAGACCUUCAAUCACUUCUUAAAUCUUUGUCUGUAAUUUGUCUUGCCCGAUCAAAUUUGAUGAACCGUGACCUAGAGUCAUAGUCAUACGGCACGGAAACAGGCCCUUCGGCCCAACUAUUCCAGGUAUGGGUGUAGUAAACGUCUCUGCAGCUCCCAAUGCAUCGACAUCUCCCCCUAAAUAAGGAGACCAGUCCCGUGCACAGUACUCCAGACGUGCUCUCUAUAUAACUGAAGCAUACCCUCCCUUUCUAUGCCAUUCAGUUCCAGCAGCGAUAGGCAGCAUCAUUCCGUUAGCUUUGCCAGUUCCGUGCAUGCUAGCUUCUGUUAAUCAUGCACUAGGACAUCUAGAUCCCUUUGCACUGCAGAGCACUGCAAUCCCUCACCAUUUCGAUAUUCUUUGAUUUUCCCUGACAAAAUAAACAAUUUCACAUUUUACUCCGUCUGAUGCUUCCAGAUCGAAUGCUUGGUGGCAGCAUGGUAGACAAUGAGCAAAAGGAGCCGUGGAGAGCACGUGUAGGCUGACACCACCUCACCACUACCCCUCUGAUCCCACCAGUGUCUGCAAUUCAACUGGGAAGACCUGCAACGCCAACAUCUUAGUGCCUUUGGCCCUUUAACCUUGACCUGGGCUACUUUCCCAACAAGCCCUUGGACCCUUGCCCUAAAGUUGCCCUUCACUCCUGAUGAUCCAUUCCCACGGAUCUGUUCCUCCUCCGCAUUCCUUCACAUUUCAAACGAAAAUUAAGAUAUUCAAGGCACAGUUUCAGAAGUGAAUGGAUGGCCUUAAUUAACAAUAUUUUUUGUAUUGGUCACUCUUGAAGCAACUCCGAAGAGCUAUUCGCUUAGAUUUUGGACUUGCUGACAGUUAGCUUAUCAGGGUAGCUUUAGAACUGGAAAAUAAAACAUGGAGGCCAUUCAGCCUGUUAUGUCUGUCCCAGUCAGAUUACAAAAAAAGGGGUACCCAGCCUAACCCACCUCUGACACUGGUUCUGUAACCCCGAGAUCACUGCUCUCCAAGUAAUGUCUACAUAUGUCGAGGGUUUCAGGCAGUAAGUUCCAGACUCCUACAACCUCCUGGAUGAGAACAUUUUUGCUCAGCUCUGCGUUAAUCCUUCUAGAUCUCUGUCCUUUGGUUUCUGAUCCCCUCUGCUGAGCUUUGAGGAUGAGAACCAGAUAUUGUGAAGUCAAUGACGGAUAACUUUGAAUAUGAUACAUGACAUCCUUCCUUGGACGGAGACCAGAAGCGAAUGUCAUGUUGGAAGUUUUAUCUAUGUCUCUCGCUUGUUACUUUUGUAUUAAAAGCACUUUAAGAAACUUGGUAA